CCUGGCCGUAGUUCCCCUCACCCGUAGAGUUGAAAUGUCAGUUAUCUAUCUCUCUCCUGGAAAUAUUGAUUGGGUGAAGGGUCGUGGAGAGUUUCCGUUCGGGGCUGCGUGGUGGACGACCGAGUGUUUUGGGCUGCGGUUGUGUGGCGAUCGGUCGGCGAUGUUGUGUGGGCGCUCCGUUCGGGUGUGGUCCGCCGUCCGGGCCGCCGGGUGUCGGCGGUUCGGUGUAGCUGUCGGCCGCAGGGCGGCUGCUGAACAAGAUGACAAGAUUUCAAAAUUUCAAGAAAAUGCACUCCGCCCUCUGUACUUGGAUUUCCAGGCAACAACACCAAUGGAUCCAAGGGUGUUGGAUGCAAUGCUCCCUUAUCAGGUCAACUACUACGGUAACCCUCAUUCAAGAACACAUGCAUAUGGCUGGGAGAGUGAAGCAGCCAUGGAGAAAGCAAGAAAGCAAACAGCUGCUGUGAUAGGAGCAGAUGAGCGAGAAAUUAUCUUCACCAGUGGUGCUACAGAGUCGAACAACAUCGCCAUCAAGGGUGUUGCAAGGUUUUACAAAGCUAAAAAGAAGCACCUCAUCACAACUCAGACAGAGCACAAAUGUGUACUCGACUCUUGUCGCACGCUCGAGACUGAGGGAUUUGAAGUUACCUAUCUGCCAGUGAAAACAAAUGGACUGAUUGACUUGGAGGAAUUGGAGAAAGCAAUUCGACCAGAUACCAGUCUGGUGUCAGUAAUGACAGUGAACAAUGAAAUUGGGGUAAAACAACCAAUUGAAGAUAUAGGACACAUUUGCAAAUCCCACAAGGUGUUUUUCCACACGGAUGCUGCUCAAGCUGUUGGGAAAAUUCCCAUUGAUGUGAACAAAAUGAAAAUUGAUCUGUUGUCUGUCAGUGGUCACAAGAUCUACGGGCCAAAAGGCGUUGGUGCACUGUAUGUCCGGCGACGUCCACGGGUCCGAUUAGAAGCCUUGCAAAGUGGUGGUGGGCAGGAGCGAGGCCUGCGUUCGGGUACAGUUCCCACCCCUCUGGUGGUUGGGCUUGGGGCAGCCUGUGAAAUAGGACUGCAGGAGAUGGAGCUUGAUCACAAGCACGUGUCCAAGAUGGCCAAACGUUUGGUGACCAAGAUAAUGAAUGCGAUCCCGGAUGUUACUCUAAAUGGAGACCCUGAGAAGAGGUAUCCAGGUUGUAUUAACCUCUCGUUUGCAUACGUGGAAGGAGAGAGUCUUCUGAUGGCUUUGAAGGACGUAGCUCUCUCAUCUGGAAGUGCAUGUACGUCAGCUUCUCUGGAGCCUUCCUAUGUCUUGAGAGCUAUUGGAGCUGAUGAAGACCUGGCACACUCUUCAAUCAGGUUUGGUAUUGGACGUUUCACUACAGAGGAGGAAGUGGACUACACGGCAGAGAGAUGCAUCCAGCAAGUGCAGAAAUUGAGGGAGAUGAGCCCUCUCUGGGAAAUGGUGCAGGAGGGCAUGGACCUGAAGAGCAUUAAAUGGUCUCAGCAUUAGAACUUACUGGAAGAAACUGCUGCAAAUCACUUUUAUCAUGGUCAGUGACUUGUAAGAUGACCACCAGUGGGACUCGCUUGCUGUCAUCUGUGGAAUGGGUAGAUUAAACCAAGUGCAUUGGUACACCCCAUGCUGAGUCAUUGUUUUAACAUAAAUGUGAAUUCUAUCCUCUUGUCUCACUUAUUGGUAAAUUCAAACUUUUAAGCUAUUGGCAAACUUGGUAAGUUCUGGCUAUUGAAAGAAUACAAUCAGAAAUGACUGAUGUUUUAAGUGUUCAUCAAUACAGAAUGAAAAACUUCUGCAUGCUUGCUUCUGGUACCUUAAUCUGGUGGCUAUCAAUUAGACUUAGAGACAGACCUGUACUAUUUAAUGCAGCACCUAGUGUGAUAUCAGAUAAAAGAAUCCUGUGAUCUUGUAAUCUUCAUAGCUCCCUGGGAGAGCAGUUUCACAUGAUCGAUGGUCUUGCAUCAGCUUCACUAUCCACCGGAUGAGUGAGUUUAGUUGGUGCUCCAGUGCCACAGAUGUGUAUGGUUUCUAUUGGAUUCUUUCCUUUCCAUUAAAAGUGAUGGUUGGUCACACUUGUAGAGUGAUCUGCUCAAACUUUGUCUAGCUGGACUCCCGAGCUGGGCUUGUUGGUGUGGCCUUAGAGGAAUGCUGUGACACACUGUAAACUUACAACUGGAAUCGGAGCGUGAGAGAGAAGAGAAACCACAAGGGAAUGUCUCACAGUUUAUGCAAAUAAACUAACCAAGUACUCGGAAUCUCCUGUAAGCAAUGGUACAUGCAUGCAAGUAAUUUCAGAUUACAGUUGAAAGUUUUGAACUUUAUUGACUUGAAUGAAUAGUUCUUGCGGUAGAACAUGGUGACAUAUUCUACCUCAAGGUAGUAUAAUCCCUAGGUAGCAUAUGGUGACAUAUGCUAAAGGUAGUAAAAUCCCAAAGCAAUAUAUGGUGAUAUAUACAUAUGUAAAUUACUUAGAACUUGACUGCAUUUACAUCAAAUUAGCAUCAAUUUUUUCCCAGUUCCAAACUGAUUCAGGUGCUCGGUUUAUGGUAAAUCCUUCACUGAAGUUGGGGGUAGCGGGGGGAGGGGAACGAUCACCAAACUCAGGAAACCUACAAAGGAAAAGUGACGACGUGUUGGGUCAUGCUGCAGACUCACUGACAAUCAGGAGGGAAUGGGAAUAGAAUUAAUCAAGCCAAGAUGUUUCCUGUCUUCAGGUGGUAACUGUAAAGGAUGUCAGGAAGUUGCACUGAAGUGUCUACUUUCUAUGUAAUGUAUCAUUAGUCCUAAAUAAUACGCACAAUUUAUGCUUUCUUUUGUGUCUAAACGUAUUUUGUGUUCUCAAGGACCUUUCAAUCUGCUGCUUUGUGCUUGUUAACAUAAUGUACGAGACCUCAUAUAUUAGAGGAUCAUGUAGCCUUGUGCUAUAGCCGUUGUUUCAAGCAGAUGUUUAUUAAUACUGUUACUCCAAUGUAUGUGUUUGGUAAAUAACAGUCAUUGUUUCCUCUGUAAGUUCAGUGGUGUAGUUUUGUAAUUACACAGAAUAAAACCAUUCUUAUCACGA